AUAAAAUCAGAAAACAGAGACGCACAAAAUUACAGUUCAACACUCAAUUCUCUCUCUCUCUCUCUUUGUGGAAUCGGGUUGCUUUUGCCGGACACCAUGUCUAAAAGCUAUUUCAAGUCGGAACAUCCUCUUGAGAGGCGACAGGCGGAAGCUGCUCGUAUUAGGGAGAAGUACCCAGAUAGAAUUCCGGUUAUUGUCGAGAAGGCUGAAAGAAGUGACAUCCCAGACAUUGACAAGAAAAAAUAUCUAGUUCCGGCUGAUCUUACGGUUGGGCAAUUUGUUUAUGUUGUCCGUAAAAGAAUUAAGCUCAGUGCUGAGAAAGCAAUCUUUAUCUUCGUCAAAAACAUUCUCCCUCCUACAGCUGCAAUGAUGUCUUCAAUUUACGAGGAAAAUAAAGACGAGGAUGGUUUUCUAUACAUGACUUACAGUGGAGAGAAUACGUUUGGAUUGCUCUGAAACUGAACAAGUCGAGUUGAACUAUCUGUGUAUACAUCAAUAACAUGUAUAGUAUCGUUGCUUAUCUCUUAUGCGUUUUUUUCCUUUUUCGAAAGAUUGUUCGUUCCAAUUGACAUCAAAGACCUUUUUUGAAUUGGAAUAUUUUAUUGCUAUGGUGACACUUUCGGUAUAAUACUGAAAUUUCCCUUCGAUUUA